AUGAAUAUGGGGAGAAUCACCUUUUACGAGGACAGGAAUUUCCAGGGCCGUCAUUAUGACUGUACCGGUGACUGUGGAGACUUCUCCUCCUACAUGAGCCGCUGUCACUCUUGCAGAGUGCACAGUGGAUGCUGGAUGAUGUACGAUCAACCCAACUACAUGGGAAAUCAGUAUUUCUUUAGGAGGGGAGACUAUGAUGACUGCAUGUCUAUGUUCAGUAUGAGCAACUGUAUUAGGUCCUGCCGCAUGAUCUCUAUGUACAGGGGAUCCUACAGAAUGAGGAUCUACGACAAGGACAACUUUGGAGGUCAGAUGUAUGAGAUGAUGGGUGACUGUGACAAUAUCAUGGACCGUUACCGCAUGUCUCACUGCAUGUCCUGUCAUGUGAUGGACGGCCACUGGCUCUUUUAUGACCAGGCCCACUACAGGGGCAGGAUGUGGUACUUCGGACCUGGGGAGUACAGGAACUUCAGCAAUAUGGGUGGCAUGAAAUUCAUGAGCAUGAGGCGUAUCAUGAACUCCUGGUACUAG